GGCAGUGCUGAGUUAAGGGUUGGACUCAAUCGUAAAGGUUUUUUCCAACCUAAAUGAUUCUAUGACUCCGUAAGAGGACAUCCCAUGGUGUUGAAAAUUAAUUAGCAGGUUAACAGUCCACAUCUUGGUUGUUUAAAAUAAAAUAAAAGUUAUUGCUGUAUGUAUGUUGGGCAGCAAAAGUGUCCAACAACAGUACAGCAAUCACUGUGUUGGAAAACAGUUACCAAUCAUGGUUCUGGCAGAGAAGGGUCUGACAACUAUUUUCCAGCACAUUUAUUACUAUGGCCAAGUAGGUAACUAACCAGAGGAUGACAGCCUGAAAUGCAAGGUUUAAGAGAAAUAAUGUGAAAUAGUUUAACCUUACUAAAGGCCAAAUAAAUUAAUAAUGAACUUUCUGUUCAUCAGAAUCCUACAGGACGUCACUGUCUCUCUCUGGUUGAAUUUUCUUAUGCGGUCAGAUAUUCUUCUUUUUCUAAAGCCCUUGCUGCCAAUUUAAAAUAGUAUAUGAGACUAAGAUUUCUCACCCUUCAAGAAAACACUUUGAUUUGUUGAAGGAAGCUAGGAACAGUUAAGGAGAUAGGCAAAAAAAGUAAUAUACCUUUCUCUGUGCUGACAUCUGCAACUGGGGGAUGUGUUGAAAAGUAAAUAUAAUCUGCUUGGAGCGAUGCUUUUCCAUUCUCUUUCAUUCUGAUUCAGUGCUCUGGUUCCUGAUGAACUAGACAACAAUGGAAAGUGAGGUGCAGAAAGGCUGUAGGACCUCAGUGAAGACGUGGGGGAUCAUCCCCCUGUGCUGGGCCAUGGAGUUAAUGUUGUUAUUUGUUUGCAUAUGUUUUAAGAGAGCACUGAGAUGAGAAGUGGAAGAGUCACUGUCCAUCUGUCUGUCCAGUGCCAGGGAAGUCAGGCCAGGACCCUCGCUAGCCCGUUUCACCUUGCAGCUGAAGCCAACUGCAGCUGUUGCUGGCAGCCAAACCACUUCUUCUUACCAGCUUCAAGCUGGUAAUAUUAAGAAGGCAUUGCAAAGAGGAGUUUGGCCCAUUCCUGUAGAUAAUAGAAGUUUACCUGGAGGAAGGAAAGGCUGGGAAGCUGCAGCAUGGUACGGCCUUGGAAUGACUCUAUGGGACAGCUUCUGCUCACAUAUACCUGCGAAUGGUACAGUGUGGAUUAAGACCUUUUGAGAGUGAUUGUCACCCUACCUCGGUGGAGAAGACAACCCUUGGCAGGAGCCUCCUACUCUGUGUUUUCCAGGUCAGCGCCAGGUUUUCCUGGGGAGCUCAGGGGCUGCCAGCAGCAGCUGCUGUGAUGUGGAAAUACCCAUCUCUGUUUCAGCUUCAUUCAAAAGGCUGGAGAAAGGCAGCUGAAUGCCAAGUGGCACAGGGAUAAGACCGCUGGGGAUGGAGAGGUGGGAGGGAUUAUCCCAUGGCCUCUCUGAGCAUCACUGUCUGCACAGUGUGUGUGCACUUAUGUGGAGACCUCAGAGCACUAAGGGGUUUUUAGUGGCUUUUUCAGUAGGUGUUUGAUGGAAACUUUCAGUUGUAUUUUAAGAGUCUGUUGUAGGGAUGGGGGCAGGGAUGGGUUAAUUUUAUUAGCUUUGUGAAAAGAUGUUGAAGGUAAGGAUGCUCAUGAGCAUGAUGCUCCAUUGCUCUGCAGUCUGCCGGGUUUGAUAAAUGUUUAAUGAGGGCUGGACCAGCAGCCGGGAGUUGUUGGGGCUCUUGGGAUCUGUUGAGAUAACUGGGAUUUUCAGCAUGUGGAGACAAGACGACUUUCAGGAACGUUUGUAUCUGCUAAUCAUGCUGUAAUAACAGUCUGCAAUCGAGAGGCUGCAAACCCCCCAUUUCUGACACAGCUGUGCAUAUUUAAUUCGAUAGAAAGCAUUUCUAGUCUGCUGUUAGAAGUAAUUCAGAUUGCUAAGGUGGUAAUUUUGAUCAUGGUAGUUUUUAGGGAAAUAGAGGUAUAAGCUGCACUGAAAAGUUAAUAAAUGCCUGGUACAAAACAAAUGCUGGGGGGUGAAGAGCACGGACAUAAUGGGUGGCUGCCAGUGCCUCACUCUGCAUCCCCGGCCUUGGCUAUUCCUGCCUCGCUGAGCCAGCAGCAGAGGAAAGCAACAACCCUGGGCCCAUCAGGUUCAUGAAGGAAGUUUGUCCUGACCUAUUGCCUGUACCACAGAUUUUGGACAUUGGGGCAGUCGAGCCAUGGUGAUGGAUCACCAGCACACCAGCAGUGCUGGGGGGAAGCACCAAAGCCUGGUGGGGCCAUGGAGGGUUGGCAUGACCUGCUCCAUGGCAAUGCUUUCAGCUGACCCCAGGAUUUAGACCACCGAGCUGGCAUCUUUCAGGAAAAGAGGUCUGGAGGAGUGUGGGUUUUAUUUUCCUUCAUCUUGAGCGCAGCUGGGAAAAGCAAGUGCUUUCAGGGCUCCCAACUCCGUUUCUCUCUGUAAAAUGUUCUUUUGCAAAAUUGAUCAUUUCUGUAGGUUGAGGGAGUCUCUAAGGAACUUUUCUGUCAAGCAUCUAAAAAGUACCAUUAUUUCUCUUCCAUGCUGUAACAGCAGCUCGACAUUUACAUUUUAGCUCACUAAAGAUACCUCAACAAUCUCAUUUUUCGUGAGAAAUUUCAUGGUGAACAAAGCAAACUAAUCCCAUUUUCAGGUGGUUAGUGCUGUAGUGUCUGGGUUGCAGAAACCACGUGGAGUGCUGGUGUUUAUCAAGUGUUUUAAAAGCCUUUUUGUUUAUUUUAUUUUGUUUUGCCAUGAGAUGUUACUUUUUUUGGAAAGCAUCUAGAAUAAUGAAGCAGCUGGUGGCUGAGUCUCCUGCUCGGGAUGCAGAGAAUGAAGGAUGGCUGGGGUAGCUGGAAUCAUUCACUGCGUGCUGUGGACCACAUAAACAAACAAACAGGCAAUUCCUGUGAACCAGGAGGUAUCAGAAGUACUGCUUAACUUCAAAGAAGUAUUAAGAACUGAGAUUCCCAGGAUGUAAGAAAUCCAGUGCUUUUUGCAGGUGGACCAGGCAGGGCUACAUUAGACCCUGCUCAGGAAGCCUUGGUUGGAGUUUCUGACUGUCUGCAGUGUGGGCUCCUGGGGCAGCUUCUCUUGUCUGAUGUGAGGCUGAAUAACAGGGCAGAAAUUUGGACUGAAGGUUUGGAUGCUAUUGUUCGGGGCUUCAUUGCUUUCUGUGUCAUGCAGCUGACAGGUACACUCGUGGAGCUGAUGGUCACAACCAGGGCAGAAAUUCAUUAAGCAAAACAGAAUAAAAUAAUCAAGGUGUUUUGGAGCUGUUUGCAAGAUCUACUGAGUUGGUCGCUCAUCCUGUCAAAACAAGACAGCAUUUGGGGCAACAGUGUGCUGCCAGUGGCUGCCAUGGCCAGCAAAAGAAAGUCGACAACUCCCUGUAUGGUGCGAACUUCUGAAGUCGUGGAGCAGGAAGGCGCUGAGGGUGUAGAAACUUCUAAAGAGAAGGGGACUGGCACACCACAGCAGGAUUCCAAAAAAAACUGGCCUUCAGAAAACUCAGUCAAAGACUGUGAAGUGGUUGAGGCAAAGCCCCCAGCUGAAAAUCAGUCUAAGAAACCCCAGGGUGGUUAUGAGUGUAAGUACUGCCCUUACUCAACACAAAACUUAAAUGAAUUUACAGAGCAUGUUGACACUCAGCAUCCAAAUGUCAUUCUCAAUCCCCUGUAUGUCUGUGCUGAAUGCAACUUCACAACCAAAAAAUAUGAUUCUUUAUCUGACCACAACACAAAAUACCACCCGGGAGAGACUAACUUUAAACUGAAAUUAAUUAAACGCAAUAAUCAGACUGUUUUAGAACAGUCCAUUGAGACCACCACUAAUGAUGUUGCUGUCACGGGUGGGGGGCUAGAAAAUGCAGAGUGUGAUGAUUCACAUCAUGGGGGAAUUAGCACAAAUAAAGUGCCAAUGAUGAAACUGGGAAAGCCUAAAGGGGAAACCAAGAAGGGAUCGAAAAAGCCAGAAGAGGGAGUUAUGGAAAACCACGUGGAUGGUGCUCUCCCCCGUAUCAUAACUGAAGCCACUGAAGCUAUUGCUUGUAUAAAUGGAGACCUUCUCCAAGAUGUGUUAGCCCAUGUUAUGCCCUCUGUACAGCUACCACCAAAUAUCAACCUUGUCCCCAAGGUCCCAGUCCCUCUGAACAGUACCAAAUACAACUCUGCACUGGACACUAAUGCAACCAUGAUCAACUCCUUUAAUAAGUUUCCGUACCCAACACAAGCAGAGUUGUCAUGGUUGACAGCUGCAUCGAAACAUCCGGAAGAGCAAAUCCGAAUCUGGUUUGCUACGCAGCGUUUGAAGCAUGGUAUAAGUUGGUCUCCUGAAGAAGUGGAGGAGGCAAGAAAGAAAAUGUUCAAUGGUACUAUCCAGGCAGUUCCCCAAACCAUCACCGUCCUACCAGCUCCUUUGGCAACUGCAAAAAUGCCGCAGCCCAUCAUCCAGACAGCUUUGCCUUGUCAGAUACUGGGCCAGACUGGUCUGGUUUUGACUCCUGUGUCAAAUGGUUCAACUGUUUCCUGUUCACCGAUUACACUCGCUGUUGCCCCAAACCAGGGGCAAAAGAGGACAAUACAGACCUUAUCAAGUGCCCCAGAGGCCAAGCGUCCUCACGUAGUUCAGGUGCCUGAGAUUCCUGCCAAGCUGACAGCUGUGCCGCUGACACCAGCCAGUGAGCGGAAGAAGACGAAGGAGCAGAUAGCAGAGCUAAAGGCCAGUUUCAUGGCAAGCCAGUUUCCUGACGAUGCAGAAGUCUACCGGCUUAUAGAGGCAACCGGUCUUUCCAGGAGUGAGAUCAAGAAGUGGUUCAGUGACCACAGGUACAGAAGUCAGAGGGGCAUUGUGCAAAUUCCUGGCGAUGCUUUAGGGAAAGAUCAAAUAGCACCUUCAGCUGGUCGACGUGGCUGGUCGUUUCACCCAUACACAGAUUUCACUCCCCAGAGAUUCAAAGAGAUAACCCAAGAGCAGCGUAGGGCCCUUGAGGAGAGUUUCCUAAGAUGCUCUUUUCCUACCCAAGGAGAAUUGGACAGGCUUCGAGUGGAGACUCAGCUGAGUAGGAGGGAGAUAGAUUCGUGGUUCUCUGAGCGGAGAAAGAUAAGGGACAGCAUGGAGCAAGCUGUCUUGGACUCAAUGGGAUCAUACAGAAAAAUUAAAGCAAAAGGAACUCCCAAUGGUGCAAUAAGCCAGGCAGAACUUCUGAGUGGCUCUCAGCUUCCUGGUGCUUUAUCUGUGUCCUCAACCACGUUUAAGAAAACACAAGAGCAGAUUCAUCUACUGAAAAGUACAUUUGCAAGGACCCAGUGGCCAUCGCCCCAGGAGUAUGACCAGUUAGCAUCUCAGACUGGGCUCACAAGAACUGAAAUAGUCCGCUGGUUCAAGGAAAACCGGUCUUCACUAAGAACAGGGUCACUUAAAUGGAUUGACCAGUACCAGCAGCAGUAUGCUGUUGAUGGUCAUAACAAGCAAAGCCAGAAAAAGGGCUCCAAACACGCUGAGAGUCCAAAGAGCGGUAACGAGGUGUCUCGGCAGCAUUACCAGGAUCAUAAAAAACUGAAUGAAGAGAAUGGAGGUAAACCAGUGGUGAGAGCAAAAAGAGACUGUGAACCACUGAAAGAUUCUUUGUUGGGGAAUCAAGGAGAGAGUAUGGACAGGGUGGAUUGCAACAGCCACGACGGCCACGGCAGCGAGGAGAACGAGGAGCCGGCGGAGGUGAACUGGGUGGAGGUGACGGUGGGUGAGGACGACGCUGCGUCGGACUGUACAGACAGCUGGAGCCAAACGGCACCCGAAGGCCAGACAGAGCUGGCAGACUAUGACUCUGAAAGUAUAUCUGGAGACAAUUCCCACAUAUAGACAGGGGUACUCCUCAGCUGCACUGUCCUGACAUUGGAGGGGAAAUGCUGUCUGAAAAUAGAAGAAAACUCUGUUUUCCUGCCUGGGGUGAGAUAGCGUGUUUGGCACUAUCGACGAUUCCCUGAUGACACUCCACAAGAGUAUUUCUCGCUGUGCCUCCACAAGUGGCGCUUGAGACUUGGAGUCGCAAAGUCCUACUACUGCAUUUCAAAAGAAAAGAAAGAGAAAAGGGUCCUUGUACAUAGAUUUCUCUUCAGUUUCUCCCCCCCCCAACUUUCCUGCCCAGCCUCUUCCUCUACUGGAACAGAUUUGUACAACACGAAAAUUUUGUUAAUUUUUUUAAUAGAUGCAAGUUAUUCUUGCAUAUAAUGCAGAAUUUUGGGGUUCGUUUGGGGGAGGGAAGUGUCUUUUGUGGGGGAGGGAGAGGAGAAUUUUUUUUUCUGAAGUGUUUUAAGACAGAGUUGCAAUCUUUUGGCGUCGUCUUGGUGCAGAUCAGCAUCUGAGCCCAGAUCCCCACCCCAGUUUACAUUUCAGCCCAGUUAAACAUGUUCUGGAGUGGUGGGUUUUGGUUUUUUCCCCUUGUUGUUUUGAAUUUUUUGUUUUGUUUUAUGGCCACCUGCUACUGGUUGAAGUAUUUAAAUCUCUGCUUUUAUGUGCUCCUACAAGGCAAGUCUUCUCCAGCUCCUGUACUUCACUUUUCACCAGCCAGCCCCAGCUGUGGGUCUCUGAAGAUUUGGCUAGAAUGCCUUUUUUUGUUUUGAUUUGCUGGGUUUUUUUAGCACUUUUUGUUUAAACUUGCAGUACAACCUCCAGAGGGGUUGGAGUGAGGAAAUUAAGAUGCUUCAUAACUCAAACUUGUGUUUCUUUGGCUGGUACAGUGAUGGACACCAUAACCAGCAGUCUGCCCUCCAGCUUUAGAUGUUGUAGCGCACAACAGAAAUUUCUUAUUAACCCUUGCCACUAAAUUUUUAGAUCAAUCCUAGGUUCCUGAUUGCACUUUUUUUUUUUUUUUUUUCAAAUACUGCUAAUAUGGAUUUGUGUGGGAGUGUCUGUCUGUGCACAUGUGAGGAGGAAAUGGAGAGAGAGCAGGAGCCUGGGUGCAGGAGCCGUCCGGUGCGUUCCUCUGAUGAGCUGGGUUUGGAAAACUUGCCCACCUUUCAGUACGCUGCACAAAUAGGUUGCUAGGGAGUUUGAAUAAAUCUGACUUUUCUAACUUGUUGCUCAGUUGUUGUAACUCAAUAAAGCAAAGGCUAAACAUUUUGGUAA